AUGGAUGUAUUAUGGACAAAUUUACCACCAAUAACAAAAACAUGGUGUUUAUCAACAAUAAUAAUAUCAACGUUGCUAACUUUAAAAAAAUUAAAAUUUAUAAAUUUAUUAUUUAUACCAGAUAAAAUAAUAAAUCAAGGACAAAAUUGGAGAAUCUUGACUACUUUUAUUACAUUUGGAGAAUUAUCAAUUGAUUUAAUUUUUAAAAUUUGGGAAAUUCAAUCAAGUUGUUCUAAAUUAGAAAAUUCUUUCUUGUUGUCUAAAUCUAUUUUACCUUUUGGAGUUUUGGAAAAUUUUAAUGAAUUUCAACUCCAGACAUUAAAUCAAUUUAUUGAAAGAAAUAAAACUAUUGAUUUUUUUUAUUUCUUUGGUCAAAUAUGUUUAUCUAUAAUAUUGUGUUCAUUAUACUUACAUUAUAAAUUUAAAAUAACAAUUAUGAAUUUAGGGUCAGUAUUAAUUCAAAUUUUUAUAUAUUAUGAAUCAAAAUUAAGACCAUUACAACAAAUUAAUUUUUUUGGUAUAUUACAAUUUAAUAAUUUAUAUUAUCCUUAUUUUAGUGCUUUUUUAAAUUUAUUAUUAAAUGAAAGAUUUAAUUUUGAAAAUGAUAAUCAACAACAGAAUCAACAACAACCACCACAAGGAGGACCAUUUAUUUUUGGUUCAUUACGUAGUUUAUUUAAUAAACCAGUUUUAUAUUUUUAUUUAGUAAGUUUUAUAUUAGGUCAUUUUUGGUGGUUUAGUAGAGAAAUAAUGAUAAAAGAUUUACAUUAUAAUGAAGAAAAUGAUGAUUUAAAAAAAUAUAAAAUAAGAAAACAAACUUUAACAAGAUCAAGUGUUUGGAAAUUUAAUAUUAUAAGAGAGCUACUUGUAUUUUUAUUAUUACCUCCUUGGUAUUGGAUUAUUAUUUCAAAAAUUAAAAAUCAACGACAACCAAGACAACUUCAAGAAAUUCAACAUCCUUUAUAG